CCCUCACCGCCUCCGCGCCCGCUCCUCAUUCCGCCUCGCUCUUCUCCGCCCUCUUCCAUCUCCGCUCAAGUCUCCCAGAGUCGAAGAAAGAAGAAGAACAAGGAACUAAUUGUAGCACGUUUAGAGGAUUGGUAGAAGAACUAUAGUGGAAGAGAGGAGGAGGAAGAGCUGACCUCCGUGUAGCGAUCGAGCGGUGGAUGAGACAUCGUCGGAGAUGAGUUGCAACGGGUGCAGAGUUCUCCGCAAGGGCUGCAGCGACUCCUGCUUGCUCCGGCCUUGUUUGCAGUGGAUCGACUCCGCCGAGGCUCAGGCACACGCUACCGUCUUCGUCGCCAAGUUCUUCGGCCGCGCCGGCCUCAUGUCCUUCAUCUCCGCCGUCCCCCCUUCCCAGCGCCCCGCUCUGUUCCAGUCCCUGCUGUUUGAGGCGUGCGGGCGAACCAUCAACCCGGUGAACGGCGCCGUGGGGCUGCUGUGGGCCGGAAACUGGCACCUCUGCCAGGAGGCGGUGGAGACGGUCCUCCGCGGCGGCACGCUCCGCUCGCUGUUCGGUCACGGCGACGAUGAGACGCCGGAGGCGGACGGCCCCUGCCCUCGUCCGAGGAUCGGGUUCUCCUCCUUCUCAGCGGCCAAGCGGCGGAAGGCACCGGCCCCAUCCGACGCAGCCGCGGCAUGCGAUCUGGACCUGUGCUUGACCCGCCGGUCCCCCGCGGGCGGGUUUGAGGAGAAACGGCGCAGGCGCCCGGCCACGCCGUCGAUGAACUCAGAGGGAUCGGUGACGACGAGCGGCGGCGAGAGCGACAGCUCCACCGCCGAACCGAGGCUUCUCAAUCUCUUCGCCUGAGGAACUGAUCCCCUUAUUUGUCUGUGACUCUUCUGGUUGUUUAUCCCGGCGAAAGUUUUGGCAUUCGCUUUUGGCAGGCGAGAUUUCUAAUUAAUAUGUUGGGUAACGAUGUGAAUUGAGGCGGUCUGUUAGUCCGUGAUGUUAGUCUAUUAAAUAAAUCUCCCUUGUAAUUUGGUUUA